UGUUUUGUUUUGUUUACAUUUUAUCAUCACACACGAAUUUGGGGUGGAUUUUCAAUUUGAUUUUUGUUGCCAAAUUUUGGUGUCCCAGAUUCUUUUGAUGAUUCAUAUCGUUUGUUUUAUUGUUUAAUGAUGAAUCAACAACAACAAGAACAACCAACAAAUGAAACAAAUGUCAAUGAUCAGCAAUUACCUAUCGAUGUUGGCAUUGAAGCAACAACAUUACCGUUAUAUGAUUCCAAAAAACAGCUAAUUAAUUGUAGCGAAGAAUUGUUUAAAAAUAUUAAAAAUUAUAUUACAUCCGAAAUUGAAUUGACAUUAGAAGAUUAUAAACUAUUGGAAACGAUGAACAAUUGUACAAUGGAAAAAUUUCAAGGAAUGACACAGAUUGCUCAACAAAUACAAGAAGAAAAUCGUGAUCUUAAUAAUCGUUAUCAACAACUAUUACCAAAAUUAGAGAUAAUUGAUAAAUUAGAUCGUAAAGUUACACGAUUAGAAACGAUGGCCUAUGCUAUCGAUGCCUAUUCCAAACGAUUAGAAAAACAAUAUAAAUUAUUGGAGAAAGGGUUAAACGAUCAUCACCAACAACAAAAUCAACAAUCAAAUUAGCUAAAUCAGCAACAAAUUAAAUCAAA